CCCGUCCAAUAAUGCUCAAUCUGCCUACUAUUUGCCAGUUAAAUGUUCAGUGCGAUCCUUCUGCUAAUGUCAAGAUCCGCGCCGUGAAAUAGUCGCCAUCUUUGCGACUGAGUCGCAUCUCUGAAUUUGGCCCGUUGCAUGUUCCGCGCAGCUUUAUGUAGCGUUAGAGAAAAAAGAUCAUUGAAAGUUGGUGUCAAAAGGGCAAAGCGGUUUCAGCGAGACCGGAUAUAGUUCGAGCUGUGCCGAGAAGUGUUAACCCGGCGCGAAAGUGGGCGGAACGCAUGGGUCUUACGUCCUUUUGGCCUCGCUACAGUUCAUGAUAAGGAAAAUUUCGGCAUUUAAUAAGUGACACACAUCGAAUCUGUGUUGACUGUUCCACGCAGUAAUAAUAAUAUUAAUUCGUAUAAUUCGUUGGUUGAGCGUUUACCGGCAUAUGCCAUUCUAGUGUGUGUUUGUUCGAACAUAGUUUGGUGUAAGAAAAAAAUGAGUUGUCAACGUAACGCUGGCAAGAUUACAGUGCCGGACGAGUUGCGGGACGUCCUAUUAGAGUUUACGAUCAGCUAUCUUUUGGAGCAACCAGUGGAUAUUAUCGACUAUGCCGUAGGUUUUUUCACGCAACUUCGGGAAAGUCGUCAAACUCAGUUGAUUGAAGCCCCUGCGCAGACCGCCUCUUCUACGCCGGACGAGUCUGUCGAGGAAGAACCACCAAUCGGAAGGUUCCAGAAUAGGAGGAAGAGUGUCUUCGCGGAAGCCUACAACCCUGAAGAUGACGAGGAAGACGAUGGAAUUAAGAUGGUGCAUCCGAAGAGCGACGAGCAGCGGCAGAGGCUCGGUGACAGCGUGAAACAUAUUCUCCUGUUUCGGGCUCUAGACGAGGAACAAAUGGCUGACGUAUUGGACGCGAUGUUUGAGAAGAGCGUACAGCCUGGAGAAUUUAUUAUCCGACAAGGUGACGACGGUGACAACUUCUACGUCAUCGAGAGAGGAAAGUUCGAAGUGUACGUGAAAGAUCAGCAGUCUGGGGUGGAAUCCAUGAUACAUACGUACGACAAUCGUGGUGCUUUUGGUGAGCUCGCGCUCCUUUACAAUAUGCCGAGGGCGGCCAGUAUCAAGGCCAUCACGCCUGGUACGCUAUGGGCCAUGGAUAGACAAACUUUCCGGCGUAUUUUAUUGAAAUCCGCCUACAAAAAGCGCAAGAUGUACGAAGACCUUAUCAACAAGGUCCCGAUGCUUAAACAUCUCGAGCCAUAUGAGCGUAUGAACCUGGCGGAUGCUCUAGUACCAAAACAGUAUUCAGAUGGCGAACAGAUCAUCAAACAGGGCGACACAGCUGAUGGAAUGUAUUUUGUCGAGGACGGCGUCGUCAGGAUCACCAUAAUAGGAGAUCACGGCCGCGAAAUCGAGAUUAAUAGAGUUCCCGCUGGUGGGUACUUAGGCGAGUUGGCGCUGGUAACACAUAAACCUCGCGCUGCUUCGGCCUACGCUGUGGGCGACGUAAAGCUGGCCUUUUUGGACGUUGAAGCUUUCGAACGCUUACUUGGGCCUUGCAUGGAACUUAUGAAGCGUAAUAUCGACGAUUACGAAGAUCAACUAGUCAAAAUCUUUGGCAGCAAAGCUAACAUUUCCGAUAUCCGAUGAACUGUUCGCGAGCAGUGAUACGUUGCACUGCUGUACUAAAGACCCGACACUUUCGUACAGUAAUGUAAAAUGAGCACAAACUUGUACCACCCACUUUAUGAAUCUCAUCCGCGUAUUUUCAAGUAUCAUCUCGAGUCGACUUUCGUAAUGACUGUUCACUUAGACGUAUACCAGUAAGAAACGUCGUUAAUAGUUACCAAGUUUGUACCUAUGACACACAGUGAAGAGAUAACAAAAAUGCAAAGAAAAACAAAAGAAAAGGAAACUAGGCAUUUCGACUGGUUCGUAUCCUGCAUCAUACUACCGAAGUAAAUUUUCUAAGACUGCAUCAGAUCAAGAAGUAUUAGCCUAUCUUGUCAUGUGCUCGAAACGUUUACAAGAUAGAAGUCUGGAUACUAAAUAAGAUUUUCAUUGAAUUGUCUGCAAAAAGAAAGAAAGAGAAGCGAAGAAAUACUCGGAGUGAUGCAACGUAUCGACAGACUCACAGAGUUCUUAAAUGAUGUACCUUUAUGCCAUUCUUUAUUCUUGUACUUGACAAUUUAAGAGCUGUAUUUCAUUUUAUUGAAAAUGUCAAGAAUCAAUGAAUUAAAUUAUUUCGUAUAUUUCGAUGAUUCAUCGAAGGAGAUGGAGAUACUUUUAGGGUAUCAUACAUUAUACCUUCGCAACGUAGAAGAAUUCUUAUUGAUACAGCUUAUUGUGGAAAUACUAGCUUAGUUAUCAAAUUAAUAGACAAUGAUAUAGACAUGCGUGAUAAACAUCCUAAUCGUCAGUGUGUUUUUAACACGAUGGUGAUGAUAAAUCAUAGCUGAAACGCUAUGUUAGAAGAAAUAAAAAUGUAAGAAGGCAAAGAGCAUAACAGGCAAGUUAGAACAAUUACUAGUAUCUACACGAUUUUUAAAUGCAAACCAACAACUAUCUGAUAUAAGAACACGUGGCAUUUAUGUUCAUCUUUAGAAAGGGAAGGGCUGGGAAUGUAAGAGAAAUAUCAUUUUAAUAUUUAGACAUUUCAUCUAACAAUACCUGAAUAGAAACUAUUUCUCUCUUUCUUCCCUAUAUAUUUAAUAGAACGAUUUUCCUAAUUCUCAUGUUCCUAAUUUUAUGGUUUGCUCUUUGCAUUAAUAAAAAAGUAUUGCAAGAUAAACAUAUAUUCGCAUAGCGCACAAUAAAGCAUCGUUUAUUUAAUUGUUUACAUACAUAUACGCGCACAGCAGAUAGCGUUUGAUCUUUGUUGUUCUAUCUGCAUAUAUUUAUACUUGUUAUUGCUUACGAUCGUUUGUUACAAAUUGAAAUAGAACACUUGCUGUAGCGCACAUAAUCAGUAUAUUGUACGAGAAACGAUACAUUUUUCGAUCAAUAAUAUAGUCAAUUGCAUUGAUACAACAUCCAUGGUUACAUCAUUUCACGAGUUAGUUAUUUUAAAAAAUUCACGUCACGUUUUGACAUGAGAGAACAUUAAAGGAAUAGCUAUUUCUUAUUGCAGGCUCGAAUGCACAGCCAUUAUUUUUUAGGAGAUUAUUUAAUUACAUUAUUAUGUGUUUAGAUUUGCAAAAAUCAACGUUCAAUUAUUCUUCUGUUUUAAAUAUUUUACAGUGUUACUGUGAAAAAGAUGGCUGAACAGUGUGGUCUCAAAUCAUGUUCAUGUGUGUCUUAUCGGUGAAUCCUGGUAACAAAAAUCGACCAAAAGAAACCUAUAAACCUAUUUUUGUUACACGUGUAUGAUACACGUUAUACAUGUAUGAUAUACGUCUAGCAUCGUGAUAAAAGAAAGAAAAAAAGGAAAAAAAAGAACAGUUUGAACUAAUUUGAACAAGUUUGAAGUUGUGCGAACAAGUGCGUAUGCUAGUCACUUUUUAACGGCCGUCUACUCGUCGUAUUUUCUCCUCGGCGAAUCGAGAGAAAAGAAAACGGUCAAACGUUUUAUUACUACGAAACAAGAACAACUAUAUAUUCACUGUACGACUGAAACUCAGAAGCGACAAGCUUUUUAAAUAAUAUCACAAUCACGGAGGAGAAAGGAGGAGGAGACUAGUAAUGUGAGAACGAAAGAAAAAUAAUGUAGCAAUAGAAAUUGCUAGCGAAAUGUUGUGUUAUUAAUUUUUAUUUUUGAAUUUUUCUAUUCACUUCAAAUUUCCUCUUUUUUAUCGAAUCUCUAAGUUUUUACAAAAUGAACGACGAAAUAGAAGAAGAAGAAGAAGCACUGUUCUGGUCUGAAUUCCCGUUAUCCGUGCCAUUGUAUUCAAUUGCUUUCGAGAAUUCAGCAGCGAAGCUUUAGUCGUGGUUCUUAGUCUUCCACCGUGUCUCCAGGCUGUGAUAUUAUUUUCGACGGAGUAUUUCAGACAGAUGCCUCUUAUUACUACUGCUUCCAACAUGAAAAGAAAAAGGAAAAAAAUUACAAAAAAAAUUAAAAGAAGUAAAGAAAGAAUAGGAAUCUAGAAUCUAUCAGAAUCAAGGAAUUUCCGAACUAUAUCGAAUCGAACUUUAUUGACUGUUGGUUGCAUCGUUAAAAUGAGUGAAUCAAAAGUUCCAAUCGAUACGAGUCAUGACUCGAUCGUUUAUGUCGAAACAAAGGAAAAUCGGGCAAUUAAAAACGAGAAAAGAAGAGAUAUAUACAUACAUACACGACACAUAGGUAUAUAAAUAUAAAUAUAAAUAGAUAAAUAGGUGUAUGUAUAUUUAUAUAUAUUUAUAUUUAUAUAUAUAUAUUUAAUAUAGUGGAAGACUAUUCUCGCACACCGAAUUGAAAAGUAUAUUUAGACGGAGUACUUAUCUGUGCGGAGCCAACAUUCGGAUAAAUUAAAUGUAAACGCUUAAGUAGAGUCAACCCAACUUAAAUUUACUGUAUGUAUCUAACAAGUGUGGUCUCUCUCUCUCUCCUACGUGUUGCGUGUUGCCCUUUCGUGUGUGUGACGACCGAGCCAGUCAAUUUUUAUUCCUUGAUUAGCAUGAACUGUUAUCGUCGGUUUUUUUCGUCUGUGCGGUUGUAUGUUUCGUGUCAUCGUUACUGGAAGUAAUUGCGUCGUAUAAAAAGAGAAAAAAAACAUAACUAACAACCCGCAAUUAAGUGCGCUGCGAAUGAAUCUCACUUGUAAUUCUAAUACACGUUACUUCACUGUGCCACACAGGGUUCCUUUCCUCGGUUGCUUCCGGAACAGAGAAACAUUCGAUCGUGCGUGAAUUUGAAGCGUGCCAGGUUGCUUCAAAUCGGCACGAUUUCGUUCGUUCAUCGCCAGUCUAGUCCAAAGCGUUUAAAAGAGAAUAUUCCUUGACUAAUUGAGCGUACCAAGCUAGGUAGUGGGUUAUUCUACUGAUCGCAUACCUUCGAAGCGUUGACAAUACUGUUCUCAUAAAAAUACAAAGUGCACCAUCAAUGAUAUUACAACGGUUUGGCAAUAGUAUAAUCUAUCUAAUUUACAAAAAAGAGAAUCGCUUGGUCUUUGUCGCAAUUAGUUAUUUAAUCAUGAUGAAAUGUCAACGCGUUAUGCGUAUGUAUCAGCAUAAUCCUGUUGCCUGUGUACGAUUUCCGUUUUUCAUGCAUACUACUAUCGACGGCCGUUCUAGAAAAGCUCAUACUGUUACGCAUUGGCAUCUUGACGCUUGCCUAAGCUUAACAGUCUCUUAGCAUCGGACCAAAUAUCUUUAAACAAGAGGAAAAGAAACCGGAGCAAUGGAGCUUGUGCGACUAUUUUCUUCGCGCUUUCCUCUCUAUUUCUGUCUCUCGUUAUUUCUAAUUGUGUGGUAUCUAAGGGAAAAGAUAGUGCGCUGAGCUAUAAAUAGGCUAUUGUAAAUGUAUUUAAAGUACACGACCGUGUGUCUAAAGUAAUAACUAAAAAAAUCGUAAAGAUAUUCGUCGUCUCACUGUCCCCAUGUGUAAAGUAGCCAUCGAUAAAAAAUCUUGCCCUCGAUGCUACUCCCAUUACUAAGCGAUACUUGUUCUAACAACUUGCAGCAACUUUGUAUGAAGAUGUGUAUAUGUAGCUUAACCUUAUGUUAGAGAAAGCACCGGAAGGGGCAAAAGUGCCGAGAGUUAAUGAAAUCAUCCUCUUCGUACUUUUGACGAGUUCAAUCAAAGCAAUACGAGUAAUGCAGCUCGAUUGCCUAUCGACAAUCGUCCGAUAUCAUCGCAUGAAAGUCUCACAAUAUAUAAACUGUCCAUACAUCUCUCCGUCAUUUAUCGGUCGUCUCGUAAUUAUCAUCAUUAUUAUUAUUAUUUUAUUACUAUUAUUACUAUUAUUAUUAUUAUCAUUAUUAUUAUUAUUAUUAUUAUUAUUAUUAUUAUUAUUAUUAUUAUUAUUGUUAUCACUGAACAUGUAUUUCCUGUGACACAAUCGUUUCCUUGUUAAACGGGCGUGUCGUAAUAUUAUCAUGAUGCGAUCGCAUCAUUCAAAUAUCACAUUCUUUGCUUAAUCUGACAGCGAUGAUGUGACGUGACGUAUUAUGGGAUUGAUGUUGUAAACCAAUUGUAUAAAUCGCAUGCAGGCCAGCGAAAUUUAAUCGUGAUAUAUUUCAUAUUGAAACUAGAACGUUGCGGAAGAGAUAUCCCUGAUUUUUUCGUAUGUUAAUAUCCUGUCUUGUUAGAUCUUUCGAUUGUACAAGCAUACACCACGCGAAAAAUGUUCUACUCGUCUAAUGAAUGUUUAAUGGAUAUACAUAUACAUUUAUAUAUAUGUAUGUAAUUUUCCGAAUGUUGAACGAUAUUCGGCGUUCUGUGAAGAAAAAUACGGAGCGUAUAAAAUUGAUCAGCGUUGUCCUUCUAAUUUCAUUCGUCUGAACAAUUACUAUACUAGUAAACAUGGAAAGGACGUUGGAACAAAAGAAACGCGCAAUGAUCAAUGUGAAAUUGGCAGAAUAAGAGGAAGACUGGUUUAGAUACGUAGUUUUUAUUUAACGUGUAAAGCGAUUGUUCCGAUUUCGCGACAUCUAUUAACUUGUGAAGCGAGUGUGUGUCUGAAACGUAACAGUUCGUUGAUCGCCCUGUUAUUGAAAUUACGCUACGCAUCUACAGAGAAAAGAGAGCAUCUUAAGACGAAUCAAGAAACGCGAUAUUAUGAUCCUCGAUGACAUGCUAAACAUUAAGCUGAAUUAUUGUAAUCCUAUCAGGGUAUUAUAUGUCAAAGACGUGGACGCAUUAGAACAAGAGAGACACUAUGAAUUGCGGAAAUCCUCGAGGAACCGUCAGGUUCAUCAACGGAUGGCUCAAUAACACUGAACGAUUUGAAAAUACACGAAGAUGCUGCUAGUUUGAAUUACAUCAUUCCGUGCGGUUUCGAGUAUACUUAACAAUAGUUAAUCGAGCUUCUUCUGUCUAGGAUCGUAAUUCGUUUUCCUCAUUUUAUGUGUUUAAAAAAGAUUUAUCAAACAUUUGCUAUGCGUUUCGUUCGCGAAAGGACUUACAGUUUCAAGCAAAGAAAAAUUCUGUAAUAAUCUAAAGACAGAUGCUAUAUAGGAUGUCCCAGGUUUUUUCUGCUUUAUGAAUUUUAUUGUCAGUUUUAUGAGUAAAAAUAAUAGUUCAUUAACUGGUUUAAUGUUAGAUAUAAUGAUUAAAUGAGCAUGAUGAAUGAAAUCGAGGAAAACUAAUUCUUUAGCCCAAGAUCAACAAAUAUCACGUCACUAGUUUUUUCUUGUGAAGAUUGCAUUCGUAAUGUAUCCGUAAUGUAAUAAAUUUAAGUUCUCGUGUAUUUUUAUAAAAACAGGUACAAUUUUGAAAUGAAAUUAAACGAAAAAUAGAUUCAUUGUUAUAUCGUAUUUUUGUUAUAACUUUUUAAUCAAAUUAUUGUUAUUUUUACUCAUAUGCUUGAACCAUUCGGCGGAGAAAAAUCCGGGACACUGCAUAAUUUUAGUAAUGUUAUUAUAUAUAUUUAAAAAAUAUCGAGUAUUGUUUGUAAUGUUGUAAUUGUGUAUUGAUUGCGUGUCCAUCCAAGUAUAGAGCCGUAGUUUCGUGAUCGCGAGACACACUCUUCUGUCCUCAGUCCUCAGUUAUAUUUCAUGAUGCUCAAGCCGCAUCGUUUUCGCACGAUUUCGAAGCGAGCUGGUAAUAUCGCUUCGGUGCACGGUCCACGAGAUGAUGUGUACGUUUUAAGCUGGAUCUAGAUUUUAUACACGUAUACGCUUGCGUAAGAAGGUCCCGGGUUAUAGGGGAAAAAAACGAAAACAAAGAAAAAAAAAAGGGAAAAGGCAGAAAAGUGCGUUGUAAACUAUAUAAAGAGGCGGGGAGGAGAAAAAAGGAAAUAGUAAUUAUUAUAACGUACUUAACGGUUUUUGUUUCACGAUGUGUUGUAGCGUAAUACAAACGUGCACAUACGUAUUAAUAUACAUAUAGAUAUAUUAUAUACACAGAAUUAUAUAUUAGAUAUAUCAAUAUACAUAUAUGUUAAGACUCGUAUCCAGCUGGUCUGAUCGGGUAUUACUUUAACGAUUUAAUUAAUUGCGUUAACCUGGCAGCGAUGCGAUUGCGAGUAACACAUUGAAAGAGGUGCGUGCAAUCACAUAGUUCAAUUGUAUAGCGUAUCUACUUGUCGUUUCGAUAACAGAUUCGAUGAUCUGUAGUCCAUCGGCAAUGAAAGUAAAAUGGAGUACUGGUUAAUACUUCUGUUAUUCAAUUCAUAGAGAUAAUUAUAUACGUUCACAGCACGAUCGAAAAAUUGAGGGUAAAUUACCAUCAUUUGUACAUCAAACGAUUACCAAGGAGAUUGGCGUACGAAAUCUCUUUAAGUUAACUUUAAUUUAUUGUAUGUUUCAUAAAGUAUUGAUAUACGAAAGAAUACAAGCUUAAUCAACUAUUCUACCCGUUUAUUCAUAAUGUAUCAUAUUAGUUUAACCGAGAGAUACACAACACACACGAGUACCGGCACACGCAAUUCAAUUCAGCAUCUGCAAGUGGUGUACCAAUUCACUGAUUUCUUAGUGUCAAGUCAACAUAUACUAUCAUUUACCGUUUGUUGUUUUGAGCUACCACUUUUUUGAAACGUCAUCAGAUACAUACAGUGGAGAACUUUGUGGUGUGCUUAUGCAUAUUCGAUUAAAUAAUAACGUUCUUUUACAGCAUCACUGCCGGAUUAAGUAGCGGUGUUACUAUCUUUUCAAUAAAUGUACCUAAUUUAACAUUAUGGGUUUGGGUACAAAAGUAUUGUCUAAACAUAUUGAUUUUUAGUUGACCGUACAAAUUUGUUGCAAUAGUCACUUUUUGGAUAUCUUGCUCUCAGAUACUCGAUGCUCACAAUGGUACAUACAUGCCGGUAUAUAAUAUUACAGCUACUAUUGUGACCAAUCGUUUACUUACCUGUUUAUUUAAUUAAAAGGCAUUUGUAUUUAGGAGCAAGAUAUAUUAAAUUACACUGUACUAUGUGUUGAUAGUAUGAUAGUAUAAUAAAAAUAAUAUAUAAUAAAUGA